UGCUGGGCCGAGGGCUCCACUAAGCUGAGAUUCAACGUUGAACUCUGCGAGGUAGAGUCCUGUGGAAGAACUAGGCUGACAGCGAUGUGGGUCAGGACGACACUAACGAUUAAAAGAUGGACUGAGGAAAAGAGUGGCUGCAAAACUGACGUUUGGGACGAGAGAGAGAGCACCGGUGACUGCGAGGACACUGACAGGUGCUGCUGGAAACACCAGCAGUGUGUCAUCCACCCCUACUCGGAAUGUGGCCAUCACAAGCAGCACAUGCACACCGUCAGACACUGCAACUGUGAAUCUAGGCUGAAGUACUGCUCAGAGAAGACAAAUAGUAGCAGCUCCCGAGAUGUAGGCCCGACCUGCUCCAGAGAUGGGGGCUCAACCUGCUACAACAUCAUCCAUACCCCUUGCUUUGAACUCAUCCCAGAGGAAGAGUGUGUGGAGCGGAUCUGGUACCGCUGGUGCAAACGCUACAGACCCCUCUCUGUGGCAGUAAUCCACCAUCCCCAUUCCAUCCAUCACACAUGUAUGGCAGAUGACCCAAAUGAGGAGGAGGAGGAAGAGGCCCAGUCUCCCAGCCCGACUCACUUGUGUCCCACUGACAUACCUACUGACCCAGACAUCAGGCCUGUCACCAGUGCUUCCGAUUCAGCAGCGCCUAUCACCAUCUGGCGUUCUGAGAGCACCACAGACAAGAGUCAGGAGGGCAAGGUCAUCAAGAAAAUGAAGAAAAAGGAGAAAGAGAAAGACAAGGAGGAGGAGAUGGUGGAUGAAAAGGCAAAACCGAAGAAAAAUGUCAAGAAGGGCAAGUUAACUAAGAAGAAAAGCCCAGUGAAAUCAGAGUCUUCCCCUCCAGAACUAGUCAGGACGUCAGAGUCUAGCCCAGAAAGCCGAGAAGAGCCGGAGAGUGAGGACAGCUAUGAACGGAAUAAACAGGGGCGCUCCAGUGAAGACAUUGUGGAAUCAUCAUCGCCCAAGAAGAAAGAGAAGAGCACUGCCCAAACCAAAAAGAAUGGGACAAAGACCUUACAAAACAAGAAGACGAGCAAGAGAAAAUCUCCCCCAGUGUCCAACCCCAAUCUCAGUUGAGGCCAGGGCAACCAGAGUGAAUAAAUCAAGCCUGUAACUGACCCCUACUGCUAUUCUCUCCCUCCAACAGGGCCUCUUCUGGGGGGAGGUGGCUGGCUCUGGGCCAGAGG